CAUUAUCUUAGCUUUGGAGUUGCAUCUCUCACAUCUCUCCAGGAAGCAUGGUGUCCCCAGAGAUGUCGACCUUGUCGCCCUUUGCAUCACUGAAGAAAUCGGUAGUUGUGGCCAUAGACAUGGCUGAUUAUCCCCAUGACCCGAAGAGUGUCAACGGCGUCAAUUUCUAUGCCUUGGAUGAUAAACAGAUUGAAGUUUUAGACACAAAGCCUCACAGUCCCACGGACUACUUCUUUGGAUACUGGUUCAAGUUAAAUCCAAGAAUGCGUCUUGAUCCCAUUGGACAUCUUGAACACCGCCAUGGAUCUGCUGGCUACGCCUGCUCUGGAAGUAGGAUCUACUGUGCUGGUGGUUUUGACAAUGCUUGUGAGAAAUGCUCUGGUAGGGAAUGGGGUAGGGGUAGGCAAGAUGUGUAUUGCUGGAGCUCUUUUACUGGUAGUGUUACAGCUCUGCCUGAGAUGAAUAGUAGGCGUCGCGAGCCUCAGCUGGUGGCACUGAAAGGCACUUUGUUUGCUAUUGGAGGAGUAAACUCAAAUGUCUGUCCCCCAACCUUUAGUAACUUUAUUGAGUAUUACGAAGAGGGAAAUAGCUGUUGGAUUCAAGUUGAAACUCCUCCUGGUUGUGUGAAUUUGUAUGAAUUUGUCUGUGGAGUCUGGGAGGAGCAUAAUCUGAUCGUGUUCGGGUCUGCAGAUUGUGCGUCUUUGGUAGUAUUGCGAGUGCAGUAUGGUGAUGAUGAUGAUGAUGAGGCAGGUUGUUGUAGAAUUUUCCAGUUCCAAUGGUUCCAAUCUGUGGUUAGGUUUGAUGUUGAAUCGCUUGGUCAGUGUAUAGGAUCCGAGCCUGCAAUUGUUUCCAAGGGCCGGAUGAUGUGGUUGGACACGCGUGAUGGCACAACACUGGUGGUGCUAAACUGUUAUACUGGGGAGUAUUUUUGCCAUGACUUGGCUGAGCAAGGGGUGCUACCUAGCCCUAAAAGAGAUUAUCACACGGUCUUGGUUGCUUUGGAAGACGAGCAGAUAGGUCUGGUGUGGAGGGACCCGAAUUCCUAUGUGGUAGGAGAGACGAAAGAUCCAUCAGCAAUUCUGGAACUAAUACAAGUAUAUCCUGGUCCUGCUGACAUGUUUGAAGUUGUGAAAUCACAAGGUGCCCAGGCUGGUUUACAUUUUACAAAAUUUAGAGUUGGAAAAACCUGUCUUGUGAUUGAUUCUCAUAUUAGAUCCUUCCCUCCUGGUCAUUACAAUCAUGUUUUAACCGCAAUCCUUGUGUAAGUUUACUACGCACCCACUCUCUUUGUUUGCAAAUCUUUAAUUUGGUGACUUGUGUUAAAAGCAAUAAAUAUCUCAAAAAAUU